AUGAUGAUAAUCUCUCCUGUGAAAUUCCCUGCCGCUAGUGUGCAACAGUCUUUUAAGAGAGAUACAUGGUCUUCUAUUCGAGCUCACUUUCUGAAGGAAAUGAUACAAUUGUUCAUAUCUAUCUAUCUAUCUAUCUAUCUAUCUAUCUAUCUAUCUAUCUAUCUAUCUAUCUUUUUUGCACAAGGAUGUAGUUCAGUGAAGAGCCCGCGUCUGUCCCUUACAUGCAACAGAAACUUAUCAACUACUAACAGUGAGCUUUGCAGCAUCAAACAAUUCGCCAAACAAAUUCACGCCGUUCAAAUCUUUGAAGAAGUUUCUAAAUUUUCUUUUUCGGUUUUUAUAUUUAUUUUUCGUAUUCUAUUCCCCCCUCCAUCUGUUCUCCUCUUUGUUGUUGUUGUUGUUGUUCUCCUUCUUUUCAUACUUCUUCUUCUUCUUCUUCUUCUUCUUCUUUUCAUGCAUCUUUUUCUCUCUGCUUAUAUUUGUUUCUUAAUUUUAUUUUUCUUCUUCUUCUUUUCCUACAUUUUCAAACUUCAUUCUCUUCUUCGUCUUGAAUAUCCUUCUUUUCUUUUCCUAUUUCUUUUUUCUUCUUCUUUUUCUUUUUUUCUUCUUCUUUUUCUUUUUUCUUUUUUUUUUCAUUUUUAUACACAAUUUUGUUAUUUUUCGUUUUAUUCUUAUCAGUAUUCUUCUCAUUCUCAUUCUUCCUCCUCCUCCUACCAUUACUACUACUACUACUACUAUGACCAAAAAUGA